AGCCAUUUCAGUAGCACAACCCAAAGUGCAUAACAAAAUGGCUCUUGUCUGUAAACAUCUUUGUAGAUAUUCACUCCUAAACUAUAAUAUAUUCAAAUCUCCAUUACUUCGGAGUAAAAGAAUUCUACAUCAAUAUUUUCCGAAAAUGAAAAUGCCCAGAGUGAACGUGAAAUGCAAAGUAACAGAAGUUACCGGCACCUCGCCUGCAAAAAGGCUGAAUGAAAUGCAUCCUGAGGGGAAAAUGCUGCUGAAAUUUGCCAGACUUUCUGACCAUGCUACCUCUCCAACAAGAGGGUCUACAAAAGCGGCAGGCUAUGAUUUGUACAGUGCUUACGACUAUGUAAUUCCCGCUAUGGAUAAAGCCAUCGUGAAAACUGACAUUCAGAUCGCUCUUCCUUCUGGUUACUACGGAAGAAUAGCUCCAAGGUCUGGAUUAGCAGCAAAAUAUUUUAUAGACGUUGGAGCUGGUGUUGUUGAUGAAGAUUACAGAGGGAAUGUUGGUGUUGUGCUCUUCAAUUUCAAUAAAGACAGUUUUGAAGUUAAAAAGGGUGACCGAAUAGCACAACUAAUAUGUGAAAAGAUUUGCUACCCAGAGCUUCAGGAACAUGAGACCCUGGAUGAGACUGAACGUGGAGCUGGUGGCUUUGGAUCUACUGGAACAAAUUAAAGUGGAAGUUGGUCCAAUUUAUUACUUGUUUAAUAAUAAAAAAUAAGCAUUUGCUUAAAUGUGUUGGUGUUUAUUGUUAUAGAAGGGAGUGUAUAUACCCAUGCUGUAUAAUAAAAAAGGCUCUAGUCUAGAGUUAUCAUUCA